AUGCCUCCAAAGUCUUUUAUCGCUUCUAGCGCAGAUACGGCCAUGUUAAAUGCAUUACACAUUUUCAAUCCCGAGCGCCUUGAAAGCAAUGAGGAUAUCAGUGCCGCGAUCGAAGUCUUGGAGGGAACCAUCGACCCCUCCAACAUUGCCGUCAUCGUGGCACAUGCAAUGGAGCGACCAUUCGCUCUAGAGUUUAUCGUUUCAGUAAUCUCAAAAUAUACAUUCACGUUCUUGUCCCAGUGGACGGUCGCACAUUUCCCCACAACCUUGGAUGACUAUAUUUCAAAACCCGUUUCUGUUCAAGCCUUGAUCCGUCUUCAUCUAUCUUUGUUUUCUUUGCAGCUCUCGGACGCUCACGAAUCUACCAGCUUGUGGGAGUACAUGCGAGCAGUUGAGCUGGCUCAGCCAGUUCUUUGCGCACUCCCAGAUAUCGUCAAGGGAACCGACUUCCUCUCUGAUACUACCACGUCGAACAGAAAGUCCGGGCCUAUGCGACAGCGCAAGAUGUCUAAAGCAGCUUCCCAAUCGAAGGUCAUGGUCGAUAUAAAGCCCUUCCGUGAUCUGGAUAUACAAGUGCCUUCAGACGCAGCCGCUGCACUGGAAUUGGCUGUCAACAUUCUGUCUAAUCAAAAGAGGAUAUUGGAGUAUUUUCUAGACGUAUUUCGCCGUCCUGGCCUUUCCGAUACCCUGAAAGACAUGUAUAUGAAACCUUCAACCAGCGUACCGAGUGUUCCAACUCAACAAACAGAUAUACCGGUUCUUCUAGAUAGUCCGAUGGUCGAGUCACCGACCGAUGUACCUCACAAAUCCGCUGAUCAAACCCUCAAAGCGGCACUAUACUAUCAAAGCGCAGACGGCUUCGGAGAGUGGAGGAUCUUUCUGAGUGACAAGGCAGCGAAGGACCUUCGUCAGCUACGCAAAGGAGAUGCAAACAUGUUGAAGAUUGUGGUGAACAAGCUUAGGGAAUUAUCGAAUGGUCGAUUUUCUGAGACGAAUCAAAAGAAGAUUACGGGUUCGCAAGUUCCUCUCCCGGUAUUUGAGGCUAAGCUUCCGGGCGAUAAUCGAAUAGUAGACAUCGUCCUCCAGUACCAGGUUGAUUUUGUCCAGGAAUAUGAGGCGCAGUUCGGUCACCAAGUACUCAACAUAUACGGGAUCGAAAACCACGCAUAUAUCUCUCGCCAAUUUUGGGACAAAUUCGCCAGAACUAAGGCGCACAUCAAAGGUUCCGGUUACUCUGACUUGCUUCGAGAUCAUCCUCGGCACACGGGCGACGAUAUUUUCUCUCCCAUGACCAUACCCGUCCCAUUGAAAGAGGAAUUAGGCGGCGAGGUGCCUUUAGAGAUUGCCGAUAUCAGUACAAAAGACCUUGCUGACUUUCACUCGUUAUUAGUUCUCGACAAAUACGUUGCAGUGUCGCGGAAUGUGCUGACUGGCUUGCUCCUUGAUCAAGAACAUGAGGAAGAGAUUGCACACAUCUUUCGCGUAUCGCCUCGUGAGCAGGAAAUUAUUGAACAUACGGGCUCUUGCUAUGUGCUUGGACGAAGUGGCACCGGCAAGACUACCACCAUGUUGUUCAAGAUUUUCGGAAUCGAGCGCGCAUGGAUACAGUUGGGCUGUUACGGCCCUCGCCCUCGGCAGAUCUUUGUGACCAAAUCGCGAGUAUUGGCAGAGAAAGUUGAAGAGUAUUUCCAGAAAUUCGUCCGGUCGCUUUCGCAGGAAUCCGAAGCAGUCUCUCCUCUCGUCAACGAUAUUCUGCGGCGGUCCACGCUGCGUGGCGAACGUGGGAUGGUCAAUGUUGAGGAGGACAUUGCGUGGCGUGACGAUCUGCCUAAAAAAUACAGCGAGCUCGUGGACGCGCACUUUCCGUUGUUCAUCACAUUCGACAACCUCGCUGCGAUGGUCGAGGCAGACAUUCAGAACACUGCUUGCUCGCCCUCUGACGGUCGGAAGAAAAAUAGCGUAUCCGCUGAUUCUGACAAUCCAUUGUUCAUGUCGUAUGAGAUUUUUAGAGAUGAGUAUUGGCCCCGUUUCCCUUACCACGUUCAGAAUGAAUUCGCACCGUCCUUGGUCUUCGGGGAGUUCAUAGGGGUUAUAAAGGGGUCGCAAAUGACGCUGGGGCAUAAGAACCGCGUACUUGAUCGCGAGGCUUAUAUUAAUCUGAGCCCUCGUACACAGCCAAUGUUUGCAGACAAACGCAACGCGCUGUACGAUCUUUUCGAGUUGUACAAGGCCGAGAAUAGACGUCGAGAUGAGUUGUACGUGAAGCGCAAGGUCAAGAAUCGUUAUCGGGAUGCGGCUGAUAGGACUCAUGCUCUUCUGGAUGCAAUUCGCGACCAUGAAUUCCCGGGAGAGAAAGUCGACUUCAUCUACGUGGACGAAGUCCAAGACCUUCUGCUGAUUGAUACAUUAUGCAAGUGGUCGUCUUUAUGUUCAUUCCUGAGAUGGAUCUGCAAGAACCCUAACGGUCUCUUCUGGGCCGGUGACACUGCGCAGACAAUAUCAUUCGGAAGUGCCUUCCGUUUCGAUGACUUGACGUCAUUUUUGCAUGUUGUCGAAAAGCAGAGCGAGAGUAAUAUAGCUCAAGGACGUCCCUCCACACAGAGGCCAGAGUUUUUCCAACUUCUAACUAAUUAUCGGUCCCAUGCUGGAAUUGUGAACUGCGCACACUCUAUCAUCGACUUGAUCAAGGAAUUUUGGUAUGAUUCGAUCGAUAUUCUUGGCAAGGAAAGAGGUAUUGUCGACGGUAUGAAACCUAUCUUCGUUGACGGAUGGGAUGCGACCCAAUUCAAGCUCUUCUUUGUCGAGAAUAAAGAUCAAUCAGCGCGAGAACUAGGGGUGCAUCAGUGUAUCCUAGUCAGAGACGAUGAUGCGCGGGAAAAACUUGAGGGAUUGAUCGGUGAUGUGGGGAUAAUUCUGACAUUAUAUGAGAGCAAAGGAUUAGAGUUUGACGAUGUUCUACUUUACAACUUUUUCGAAGACUCUGCCGUCGAUGAAAAUCAAUGGCGUCGAGUCAUCAAAGCAGCUCAAGACGGCCCCCAUGCCUGGUCGUAUCGCUCUGCGGUUGGGACUAGUGCUCCAAGUGUCGGAAUCGAGUUGAAAUUCCUCUAUGUUGCCGUCACCAGGACCCGGAAGAAGUUGCUGUUUGUUGACCAGUCCAGCAUCGCACGACCCAUUAAGCAAUACUGGGUUAACAAGGAUCUCAUUGACAUUCAAUCGCCCGAAGAUACCCUUUCAGAAUUUGCCUCCGCCUCAAAACCAGAGGAGUGGGUUGAGCGUGCGAGAAUGCUGUUUUCACGUCAUCAAUAUGACCAGGCAACCAAGGCCUUCCGCCGUGCAAACCUGCCUCGCGAGGCCGCAAUCGCGAAUGCCUACCAACUCCGGGUUCUCGCGCAACGUGACACAAAAACUAGUGUCCAGUCAUUCUGUCGGGCUGCUGAUGCCUUUAUCGCAUGUGCGUCAGAUUCGAGCAACGAAAAAGAGAUUAAGAGCUUUUUCCAGGUCGCUGGCGACUGCUAUCUGAAGAGCAAAAAGUAUCCUCAAGCAGCAAAGGCAUACGAGAAUGCACGUCUUUUUACUCAGGCUAUAUCUUGUUACCUGGCCGCACGUUUACUGGAUGAAGCUGUUUCCGUAUUUAAAAUGCAUGAGGAAACGGUCGAAGCCGGAGUAGCGGAACGCGUGAGGAACAUUGCCCGCUGUGCAUACCUCAACGAGCAGAAGCACAGACAGGCAUCGGAACUUUUUCAGAACGAAAAUGAAAUGGUUCAGUUCAUGGAGGACCUUGGCUUUGACCAUGCUCAUGCCGUGUUUCUAGAGCAGAAAGGUGACAUCAAAGCUUCUGCCGAGCUCUAUUGGAAGGAAGGCGAUAUUCUUCAUGUGAUCGAGCUACUACUCAAGGACGGCAAACAUGUAAAGCAAGCACUUAAAUACCUGCUAAGGGCUCUGUGGAAACAUCUAUCCUUUGGAGUGCGCUAUGUUCCUACACAGGAUCAAACCCCAUCAAGCUUUGAGCUUGGAGAACUUUUCUCGUUUUUAGAUCGACUACCCCAGGAUGAGAUGAGCACUCGAGAGAUAGCAGAGGUACUCUUCCCUACUGAGAACUACCGCCAGGUCAACAUGUUCAAAGCAAUUCGUGAUUCCGAUAUGCAAACACUGGAGCAUUUAGCAGGAGUGUUGUGUCGAAGUGACGUUGUCGAACCUGCCGCAGUGCUCUGCCUUGAUCAUUUUUUUAGCCAGCAGUCCUCAUUAGCAAUGGGUACUCAAGAAGAAACCAACAUCACUUUGCAAAUGUUUCAGAACUAUGUUCGACUCAUGCGGGAGGUCAUCAUGCUGCCAAACCCCGUAGACUCGGAAGUCGUACAAAAGCUGUUUGCUAUCCGACCAAGCUCCGUACAGGACCAGCUCAUUCUACCGAUGGGUACCUUUAUGUGGAAACACUUCACCGAGGGCACUGUUCACGCAUCGCAGACCCAAGAUAUGCACAUCUUGCCAGGUCUCUUCAGGCAGCGAUUUCGCCGGAGUCUCAUUCAAAGGCUCCGAGUUCUAGUAGAAUCCGAGGAUCGCAGCUGUCUUAAAUCUACGGUAUUCUCCCCAUGCUUAAAUACCCUCCUUGGACGCCGAUGUUUUAAGACAGAUUGUCCCUAUGCCCACGAGCUAGAUGAAAUAUGGUAUACUCGCAGGAUUUGCAUCUUGCAUAUCUUUCAAUCCCUCCACGAUGACAGCUUCCGCGAUCGGAUUCGGCGGCAAAGACUCUGGAUCAAUCGCCUCGAUGAUCUGUUUCAUCCUUUGUCCUACCAUUGUGGUUCUGCAUCUACACUUUGCGUUGAUGACAUCCAAGAAGCACGACUCGCGUUUCAGUGCAUUAAUCAAUGGGUGACAGAUAUCUUGUUCACCCUCGAACCCAACCGCGAAACACUACAGAGGCCAUUCUUGACAGAUUUCUUGAAAGCUUUCGCGGUUGGGCUGGUGGCGUUCAUGAGAGGGAGUGAUGAUGGUCUCUAUCGGGGCGCUUAUUUCUUGAGCCUUGUUGUCGAGCAUCGAGUUCCUGUGCAUAUCGGGGCUACAUGCCACCUACUGGAUCGCAUCUGUGGAUUGUUUGCUCUCGUACAUUACUUCCAGUCUAGGAAAACACUAAACGGCAUAACACUUCCGCUUGUGAAACCUAUUGAGCAACUAAUGGAGGACAUAUACUUGCAGGCCUACAGUGAUCCUGAAGUAUAUCGCAAGUCUCUUGAUAUUCCCUGGCAUGCUGCUAAGAGCAUCUGUCUGGCGAGAAUCUGCAAAGCCGUUUGCCUACUGGGGUAUAAUAUUAAAGACUUAACUCUACGGCAAAACAUCGUUCGAGCUCUGAGUUCAUUAAGAGUCAAAGAUCCUACAAGGGUCUUUGAUUCUGUAUAUGCACCAUAUGCGAUGGCAAAAAACUGGGACGAUUCGGCAAGAACCAUUCGAGUCUCCACGAUGAACUCGCCCUUCGACGAACUGGUACAAUUAUUCUCCGCACAGUCUAGCCAGCCUACCAACGCCCUGCGUGGUAUAAGGCGAGUUGUUUUCCAAAGGCACGAAGAUAUUCCUCUACUGCUUGACCCCCCACCGCAUACUCGACUGCCAACCUUCAUGGGGGUCAGGACGCAAGCGUCGUCCACUUCGAAUAAUAAUAGCGAUCUGGGAUCUACUGUUUCAAUGCCAUCAGAAAUGGCUACGCCUUUCAUAGCGCAGACGGACGAAGACGCGGAAUAUAGCGCCGAUGCUAAUGAUGCCGACGAAGUUGCGACCAGUGUGUCAGAAGAAUCUGAUAUUACGGACCAUGUCGAUACAGCCGCAUUCUUCACGGGCACAUCCAAAGAACAAUUGGAGGCAGUUGAGCGGGUUCAGCAGGCUUUUCGGCGAAAACUCAAGCGUAGGAAUGCGGCCGCAAGGGGAGGCUUUUCAGCGUCACGAGCGCGCUUUUUCGAUGCUUGUCUCGACCAGGUCCGUGAUGUGGACUGGGCACCUAGAGCACCCUAUCGCAUCGUAUAUCUAGGCUUACUCCCUCACAUCCUACUCUGUCUGGAAUGGCUCAAGAGAUCAGCGACAGAACUAAGAGAAGGAGUCAAGAAGAAAAGGACCCCGGGAGUGUCCACGGACGAGUUAGAAAAAGGUUGGAGAGAUAUGACCAUGGCAAAAGAUAUUUUGGACCAUGUAGAGCGACUUCUCGAGACGUUGGAACCAAAAUCCUCCUUCCAUGAUACGCGCGAUUUGGAUCAGUUCCGUCACUUCGCUGAGGAAGUCAAAGGGUUGAUGGACAAGUUGUUAGGAUCAAAGCGCAUGCCAAAGGAGGACAUAGAGCUAGUUAUGAAGGGCCUAUCUCCCGCGAAGACUCGACGCAUACGACCGGAGAAGCCUGAACUGAAUGUGGAAGACUUGGAUAUGCAUUCCUGUUAUGAUGCCUCCCCGCUCCAGGCGCAGUACGCUGAAGCGUACGAUGCGGAUCAACGAUCCGUAGCAGAUUAUGAGGCCACUCAUGGACCUCAAGAGGAUUCAAGUACCGCCGACACCAUCGACGGCACUAAACUCCCUAUGUGGCACCAACCAGUGGCACUCUAUGGAUACCAAGAGCCAACCUUACCGCAAUAUCCCAGGACAGAUACGCCACAAUUUGCCACCGCUGCGCAUUCCAUCAAAGGAGCGGCGUAUCAGAUGUCCAUCCCGAGUUCCGAGGAUCGCUCCCCCGUGGAGCAGGCAUCUGCUGAAGUUGUUCUAGCGUCGACUGUCGAACCUAGCACGGAUGCUGCCAAGGCCAACUUCGACGCCAAAUCUGUGAGAAGGGUGGAGUUUGCCAGUCACCUCGCACGACACAAGACGACGAUCCCGGGCCAUGACGAGUAUGCAGGCCCGCCGUCUGCGUGUGUGGAGCGAAGUUCCGUCGCGAGGAUGGUGCGAUAUUCCACUUCAGGAAGUGGUGUCCCCUCCGUCCUAGGUAGUUUACGAGUUGAUAUGCCUACACUUUCCUAUCCCGUCUUCGUCUCGCGAUUGCUUGCAAUUGGAUUACUCUUCUAUUCUCGGAAGUCAGCUAUCUGCAUUCUUGGUUUCGAUGAUGCUCACUACCUACGAGGGCCUUUGAUCGUGUUUCUCAAUCAUAGCAUUCUUUGCCUAGGCAGUCAUGCAGUAGUCAUGCAUGUUGUGAGAGGGAAGCGUCGCGAAGCUUUGCUAUCUUUUCCUCCUGCGGCAACACCGAUGGGUCUAUCAUCUCAGAAGGCUAGUUCACAUCAUUUGACAUCAUGUUCUCCUGCUGGGCCUGCCUUGAAGCCUGUUUGCUUCGUCCAAGGAUGCUACGUGAUCACGAUAGAAUAG